GACCUCCACGAGGUAGUAGUACAUUAUUAAGUGGAAAGGGUGGUUUUAUUUGGGUAGAGUAGUUGAGAGAAAUGAACGGCUUAAGAGGCGAAAGAGCACCUCUCUUGGAGGCUGAGCGCAGUGGAAGGGGAAAGAGACAAGAUGAUGCCACGGUAGAUCAAGUCUCCGACCUUGAACAUGGCGAUGCAGUGCCGGCUGCAAAUGUGGGAUUCUUUAGAGUGUUUUCACUUGCAAAACCUGAGGCUGGAAAGUUGGUGAUUGCUACCGUAGCUCUGUUAAUUGCUGCCACAUCAAGUAUCUUAGUUCAAAAAUUUGGUGGGAAGAUAAUUGACAUUGUAUCGGGAGAUAUCAGAACUCCUGAGGAGAAAGAUGCAGCAUUAGAUGCUGUCAAAAGCACUAUACUACAAAUCUUUCUGAUUGUUGUCCUUGGGUCAGUUUGCUCAGCACUUCGAGCAUGGCUUUUUUAUUCUGCCAGUGAAAGGGUUGUUGCACGCCUGAGGAAGAAUUUGUUCGGUCACCUUGUAAACCAGGAGAUAGCCUUCUUUGAUGUUACUCGAACCGGGGAACUUUUAAGUAGGCUAUCUGAAGAUACACAAAUCAUUAAGAAUGCUGCAACUACCAACCUCUCCGAGGCCUUGAGAAAUUUGUCAACUGCAUUUAUCGGUCUCAGCUUCAUGUUUGCAACAUCAUGGAAGUUAACAUUGUUGGCUUUGGCUGUUGUACCUGUUAUUUCCGUUGCUGUUCGUAAAUUUGGUCGUUUCCUGCGUGAACUUUCUCAUAAAACUCAAGCUGCAGCAGCAGUAGCUUCUUCGAUUGCCGAGGAAUCCUUUGGUGCAAUAAGAACGGUUAGAUCUUUUGCUCAGGAAGAUUAUGAAAUAGAACGCUACUCUGAGAAAGUUAACGAGACUCUAAAUCUUGGACUCAAACAAGCUAAAGUUGUUGGACUCUUUUCUGGAGGUCUUAAUGCUGCAUCUACACUUUCAGUUAUUGUAGUUGUUAUAUAUGGAGCUAAUUUGACAAUCAAGGGUGCCAUGACCUCGGGUGAUCUUACAUCUUUCAUUCUUUAUAGUCUCUCAGUUGGAUCUUCUAUAUCUGGUUUGUCGGGAUUGUAUACCGUAGUUAUGAAAGCCGCAGGUGCUAGCAGAAGAGUAUUUCAACUUAUGGAUCGUGUCUCAUCCAUGCCUAAGUCGGGAGAAAAAUGUCCUCUGGGUGAUCAAGAUGGGGAAGUGGAACUAGAUGAUGUAUGGUUUUCAUAUCCAUCACGUCCUAAUCAUAUGGUGCUCAAGGGUAUUACAAUGAAACUGCAACCUGGCUCAAAGGUUGCUCUUGUUGGUCCAAGCGGUGGCGGAAAGACUACAAUUGCAAACUUAAUUGAAAGAUUUUAUGACCCAACCAAGGGAAAGAUUAUGGUGAAUGGGGUUCCUCUGGUAGAAAUAUCACACAAACAUUUACACAGAAAGAUCAGUAUAGUGAGUCAAGAGCCUACACUCUUCAAUUGUUCCAUAGAGGAGAACAUAGCUUAUGGAUUUGAUGGCAAAAUUGACGCCGCCGAUAUUGAAAAUGCAUCUAAAAUGGCCAACGCUCAUGAGUUUAUAUCGAAAUUCCCCGAAAAAUACAAGACCUUUGUUGGAGAGCGAGGAAUAAGGCUUUCAGGAGGACAGAAGCAGAGAAUAGCAAUUGCUAGAGCCUUGCUUAUGGACCCAAAAGUUCUCCUACUGGAUGAAGCCACAAGUGCCUUAGAUGCCGAAAGCGAAUACUUAGUACAGGAUGCUAUGGAUUCUAUCAUGAAGGGAAGGACAGUUCUAGUCAUUGCUCAUAGGUUAUCAACUGUUAAAACUGCUAAUACUGUUGCAGUUGUUUCUGAUGGCCAAAUAGUCGAGAGUGGUACUCACGACGAGCUUCUCGACAAGAAUGGCGUCUAUACUGCAUUAGUCAGGAGACAACUACAAACAACAAAAACUGAAAUCUAAUCUAUGCAUACUAAACUAUGAAUAACCGUUGCCACGAUAUUUGUGAGAAUACUCUAGACCGUAGAGUGGAGGGGCGCACAUGAUGCUUUGGGACGCAGAUUCCUUGGAAGGUCCUCAUCUGUCGCGGUUGCUAUUUUCAGCAUUAUGUUUAUCAAGAAAUUGUAGGUACUACUCAUGAAUUAUCCCCUAAUUCUGAAGUCAAAAUAUUGGUCCUUAUAUUGAGCAUCAUGUUUGUCGGCAUUGGUUUGAGUUUGCUUGGCAUAAUUUAACUGAAGUUAGCUUUUCAUGCUUGUCUAUCACUAAACCCAUAACAUAUAUGUAUACUAAUAUAAAGAAUCAAUGAGUUCUUUUUUGUUCC